UUAGGCAGAAUCGGUGAAGUAGGAACACAAAAGGAAUGUGAAGAAUGUGUUAAAAUCGUGUUUGAAACAUUAACUAUUUCGGAAAAACGUUGCUGCCUGCUAUUUGAUGAAAUGUAUGUGAAACCAAGUAUACGUUUUCGUGGAUGUCAUUUAAUUGGUUAUAGUGAAGACAAUCCUGCUGAAAUUGCCAAGACAAUUCUUUGUUUUAUGAUUAAGCCAAUGUUUGGAAAACCAGCUUUUGUGUGUCGUAUGGCCCCAGUUUAUAAGCUAUCUGGCAUUUUUGUACAAAAUUUAAUUGUUGAGAUCACACAGACAGUUGCUAAACUUGGUGGAGAAAUUUUAUUCCUUAUUUCAGACAAUCUUCCCACAAAUCGUAGCAUAUAUCAAUUUUUUGCUUUAAGUUUAAAUGAGCCAUGGCUUGGUAAUAUUUGCAAGCAAAGUAUAAUAAUGCUUCAUGAUCCAGUGCACUUGUUUAAAUCAAUUCGAAAUAACUGGCUUACAGAAAAAACUGGAACAAUUCAUCUGACACUAAAUAGUCAAUUAUUUAAAGGGUAUUGGAAAGAUUUGGUAAGUUUAUAUGAAAAAGAAAAAAAUAAUGUUAUCAAGUUGACAAAUCUUUCAUACAAAGCUAUUCAUCCAGGUGUAAUUGAUCGACAAAAUGUCACCCAUAUGUGUGCUGUUGUUAAUGAGAAGACUGUAGCAGCCCUUAAAAUUUGUGAUUUUAAAGAGACAAGCGAGUUCCUUGAAAGAAUAUUAUUGAUAUGGAAUUACCUUAAUAUUAAACAAGAAGGUAUGGACAUACGUUUAAUUGAUCCAAAUAGAGCUUCAUACAAAAAUGUAAAUGAUAAACGACUUCAAGAGAUUUUGACAUUUGCUGAAGCUGUUGCAAAAAUGCCAGGAGGAAAGGGCUGGAAGCGGAACAAAUCAUUCACUAGUGAAACGAAAAUUUCUUUGUCGAAUAUGCUUUACGGAAUUGUAGAUUUAAUCUGAAAAUUGCUGAAUGAAGAUCAUCAAUAUGUUCUUCCCGGAAUAUUUCAGACAGAUCGGUUAGAAGGAGAAUUUGGAAUAUACAGGCAACUUUGUGGAGGCAGUUAUCAUGUUUCGGUUGAAGAAGUUAAAAAUAGUCUUCGUUUACAACGCCUGAAGUUGUUUAGUAAAUUGGAUGCUAUGGGUGUACCUAUUUCUCAAUGCUCAAUUAUUCAAUCAGAGUGUUGUCAAUUAGAUCUGAAUGAGGAUGACAUUAGUUAUCUUGAUACAUCUGUCUCUUCAAUCGAUGCAAUUUCCGAAGAAGAAAAUGCUGCCCUAUAUUACAUUUCGGGUUAUGUCCAGCAUAAAUUUUUACCAAGUAUAUCCGUAUCUGGUACCUUUGUUACCAAUGCAUCUGAGUUUACUGAGUUAGUAUCUCGUGGUCGACUAUGUCACCCUACUGAGGAUCUAUUUCAAUAAGUCAGAUAUGCGUAUUCU